AUGGCAAUAGUAUCAGAGAAAACACCAUCGGCAAAUAUUCCGCCGGAGAUCAUCGAAAUAAUACUGUCAAAAUUAUCAUCUGUUAAAUCUCUUCUUCGAUUCAAAGCAGUUUCAAAGUCAUGGAAUACUUUAAUCUCCAAUCCUUUAUUCAUUCAAAAUCAUCUCCGAUCCUCGGAUAACUCUCCGGAUAAUCUCUUUCUCAGUACGGAUACAUAUGGUACUGAUAGAGGGUUUACUUUGGUUAAAUUCGAAGUUGGAAAUAUCCACUCUGGAGAAAUAUCUGUCGAGAGUAUUCCCAAUGGCUACGACAGAAUAUUAUGCGAAUGUAACGGCGUGCUACUCUUGACCAGCAUCUACGGCGAGUGCGAAUACGAUACAUGCGCACUGUGGAAUCCAUCAACUCGCUCUCAGAUGUUUCUCAUAAACCGAUGUGAGUUUAAUGAAGAUCAUGACGUUGAUUUUGAUUGUGGGAUUUGUUAUGAACAAAUAACGGAUGAUGUACUGGAUUGUGGGGUUUGUUAUGACCAAAUAACGGGCGAUUUCAAGGUUGUCUUUGUUUACGCAACGAAAUAUGAAAUUUAUUCGUGUAAUAACAAUUCUUGGACCGAAAAGUAUUUAGGAACAAAAUUCUAUACCAUCCUUGGUACUCCAGGUGCGGCUAUAUUCGUUGACGGAGCUACCUACUGGAUUUUGGGCGUCGAGAGCAGGAAUAUUUCAGGUACGCAAUUAGUGUAUUUCGAUCCAAGAACCGAUGAGCUCAAGAUUUUGAAAAAGCCCGAACAAUUAAAUGAUGACAAAUUUCAUUUAAUUAACAAGGCUUCUUUGGGAGGAAGACUAUGUUUGUACCACUAUAACUACAAUGAGAACAGUAUCCAAAUCUGGAUAAAGGAAAAGGGCAUUGAUACAAACUGGAAAGAGUUUCUAACCGUUGGAAAAUUAUGUCCGUAUUUGUGGAUUACGCCAAUAUGUUUCGUGGGAAAUAAGGUUGUCAUUCAAGUAGACCGUAAGAAAUUUGUCUACUAUAGCCCUACUGAGCAGACGUUUGAAGAGUUUGUAGAUAUUGACGUAAAGUGCAAUGGAUUCAUUCCAUAUCGGAAUAGUCUCUAUUUCCCAACUGCUGUCAAGACGACGACAAUUAAAGGUCAGCAGUCUAGGUUUAUGUUACCUGAGCAUAAGUAUUUAUGCAUGUAG